GAAAUGAUUUUUAGAUUCACUUAGAAUAAUGAUCGGAUCUGAUUUCACUUCUAGGUCAAAAUUAUCACUUUCUGCUCUUGUAAUGGAAGCGGCUCAUCAGGAAUCUGCUGGUGGUGGUGAAAAGAUUUGCAGAAAGAAAAACGAUGGGAAAUUAUGGAACUGCAAGAAUGUUAGUGGUGAUAAUAAACUAGACUACUGUGAUAAACAUUACAAGAAUUUUACAGAUUUUUAUACAGAGAAUCCUUCUCUUAUAAGUUUAAACAAGAGUAAAUGUCUACCAAAGAAGAAGAUGGAGGAGAUUGAGUUGCUGAAGAAGAAUAAGCUUCCGCUUCCAGAUGAACACCUGUGUCGUCUCAAUACUGGUUCAUGGAGAUGCAAGAAUCUAAGGGUGGUUCAUGGUGUUUAUAAUUCUACAUAUUGUCAAAAACAUUACAAUUACUAUGCAAGCUUAUCUACCAAGCGGUGGCUUCUUAAGAAGAGAAAUAGAGAUGGUGCAGCUACAGAUCUUAUAGAAACUAGGGAUUCCAAUUCCCAAAAAUUGAGGAACAAGGUAGUUGAUGUAACAGGAAUUCAACCAGCUGCUAGUGAUGAUACGCCAGAUAUAGAUUUCACAGAUUUUUUAAUGGAAAAACCAUCUUUGGUCACUUCAAAUGAAAUGAAGAAGAAGAAGCUGCCUCCAGAUGAACAGAUUUGUAGUUUCAUAUCAGAUGGAGGUAAAUGGAGAUGCAAGAAUUUUAGGAUUAGUCAUAAUGGUGUUCCUAAGAGCAAAUAUUGUGAAAAACAUUACAAUUAUUAUGCAAAGUAUCAUAAGAAGAGGAAGCUUCUGAAGAAGAAGAAGACAAGUACAGGAGAUGGUGAUCAAGGUGCACGGUCUGGUCCUAUACAAGUAACUUGGGGAUCGAAACGGAGGAGGAAGAUGGUGAUACCUCUGAUAGAAUUUGGAGGAAGAUGGAAAAUGUUGAAAGAGCAGAAAAGUCUGGAGAACCAGAAUCAUUAACUGGAAUUACGGAAACUGCUGUUGAAUCAGAGAUUCUGGAGCAUUACAAAAUUAAGUGUGUUCAAUUGUCUGUGGAGCUUGAGAACAAGAAAGUCGAGUUCGCUAAACUCCAGGGUAAAUUAGGGGAGGUAGAAGAAACUAGAAAGACUGCUGCUACAGAUGAGAGUGAACGGACACCCGCGGAUGCAACUGAAUGUUGGAGGAAAAUGUUUUCUGAUUUGGCAGAAAGAAUGGAGUCUCGCAUGUUGGAUUUGGAGAACAUAGUCCUGAGGAUGGAUAAUAAAAUUUCAACAAUGGAAGGAUGUGUAGAGUCUCGCAUUUCAAAGUUGGAGAGCCAAGUCCUGAGAAGUGGAAAGGAAAGUUCAAUAUUGAGAUGUGUACAAUUGCACCAUUGUGAAAAGAUAGAGUCCGACACGCGGGGUUCGCAAAAUGACGUUACUCAAAGUGUUGAAAAGCUAAGAGAUGAAAAUGACAGGAUGGAUUCUGAUGUGUAUGGGUGUAAAACCAAAGAGAAGGUGCUGUAUGAUGCUGGUAGUCUGCGUGUAUCAAGUGAGGGUGAAAACGUUGAAGAAAGGAAGGGUUUGGGCUGCUCAGAGGAGAGACCAUCUCAACAUGGAUCAUCAUCUCAAGAUCAUCUGGAAAUGAGUACUGAGCCUUUCGUGCACUUGGUCUCAGAUGAUGACAGUGUUGAAAUUCUUGGCGAGUCUGAAGAUUCUGAUGGUUCUUCUGAUUCAGAACGUUCUCUUGGGUCCCUUUUGGACAUGCUGGCGAUGAAAUAUAGGAAUACGAACGAAGGCAAAGAAAUCAAAUGGAAGUUUGAGGCUGACAUGCUUUCUUCAUUUGGAGAGGAACCUGAGCUGUGUGUGAAAGCUGUUUGUGCUCUCUAUCGACAGCAGAUUUCUGAAGGCAAGGGGUUGCUCCAUAAUAGCGAUGCGCUCAGGAAUUGGGUGGCACCAGAAAUAUUAGUGGUUGAUUUCUCCGAUAAAGGAUUUGCUGGCUUCCCCAGAUUUAAAAUCUGUAGUUGUUGGUUGAACAGUGAGAUUUGGUGCUUGUGGCUGCACGUGCACAGGGAAGAAGGCCAGCCAUCAAAAAUGUUCAUAGUUCUAAUGAAUAAAAUGGAAUGAGAAGGAUCAACAGUAACAUCUUUUCUUGGUUUUUCAUCUUCGUACACUUUUAGCCUUAUUGAUAUUUACUUUCAACAGGUGUACUACUUUGGCCAAGUUUCUAUUGGAUGGGGACUGCGAAGGUGACCUCAACAAGUCUGUCGAAGAGUUGGAGACAUUUGAUUCUAAAGCCGUUGACGUCUGUAAGAGGCUGGCUAGAAGAUACUCGACGCAGUCAUUCAAUAUUUACCAAAAUGGGAAAGAUCCUCUUUUCCUUCCUGCUACAACUCCCAGCCGUGGAGAUCAAGCGGCUAAGUGAUUAAUUGCUGUGUAAGUAGCCUUCACUUUCUGUACUAGGCCCUACAAUCUUGCACUUGGAUGCGUAUCACUCUCCUAUGUGGUACAUGAUAUUUUGGUAGUUACACUUUUGAUAGGUGUACAUGGAUGGAAAAACAAUCCUUGUUUAGCUCAAUGAACUGGUAAUGAAAUGUGCAAUGUAUAAUUCUGAUAUCAAAGCUAGAUUACCCCUUUUGUUGUAUUGUAAUAUGUCUCUUCUGUUAAUAGACCAUUUGUUGCAUA